UAAAAAAGUUGAAGUGAAUAGUGAAACUGCAAGCUGAUAAUCAUUUUCUGAAGGAGUUAUGUUUCCACUUUGUUUUUAGAAGUUACAAACUGGUGUUUUAAGGAAGAUGACACCGUGCCAGAUGCUGCCACUUUUGAGCUUCUUCUGCACAUUAUUUGCUGUUGAAGAAGCAAGUGUCACUCUUUUGGCUCCUGCUGUUGUAACCUUACAAAAUGGUAGUUCACAGAAUAUAACUAUCCAGCCAAGUGUACCAGUCAGUGUGACAACAGUGAUCACAUUAAGUGUCACCUUUUCUUCAAAGAACACCAGCAUUGUGAAACUGCCUGCUCAGGUGACACUGCUACCCAAAGCUGUUUCUGUUGACUUUGAAGUUUUGGCUGUAGAUAUCGGUCAAGUCACUACAUAUCUUGACUGCAAUAACACCAAUGUGUCCAGCCCUAGUGCCAGGCUUCGAUUUUUGGUGGUGCACAGUUCAGUCCUUUCUAUUAUCAAUCAAGUAAUUGGCUGGAUUUACUUUGUGGCCUGGUCGGUGUCAUUCUACCCUCAAGUGUAUGAAAACUGGAAAAGAAAAAGUGUGGUUGGCUUGAAUUUGGACUAUGUGGCCUUAAACCUCACUGGCUUUAUUGCUUACAGUGUCUUUAAUGUUGGUCUUUUCUGGGUUGACUAUAUUAAGGAGGAAUUUCUGAAAAAGUAUCCAAAUGGUGUGAAUCCUGUGGCAGCCAAUGACGUUUUCUUCAGCCUUCAUGCAGUUACCUUGGUUUUGGUUAUCAUCCUUCAAGCGUGUAUCUAUGAGGCAAGUAAUCAGAAGGUGUCCAAGAUAGCCAUUGGAUUGCUGGUGAUUGCAUGGGCCUUUGCCUUCUUCUCCAUGUUUGUGGCCAUUGCUGGGACCAUCACGUGGUUGGAUUACCUGUACUACUUCUCCUACAUUAAACUGGGGGUCACGCUGGUAAAGUACAUUCCUCAGGCCUACAUGAACUAUAGAAGAAGAAGUACUAUGGGCUGGAGCAUCGGCAAUGUCCUGCUGGAUUUCACGGGGGGCCUAUUCAGCCUUUUGCAGAUGUUUCUACAGUCUUAUAACAAUGAUGAGUGGACACUGAUUUUUGGAGACCCAACAAAGUUUGGCUUAGGUGUCUUCAGCAUCAUUUUUGACAUCAUCUUCAUUGUUCAGCACUACUGUCUCUACAAGCAGGCACACAUGGAAUACCAACAUAUAGAAUAGCCGACGGGAGAGCAGAGAGUUCAAAGUAAACGGUCACUGAAGGGCUAGUCAGCUGUACUACAAUGGCGUAUUGUCAUUCCCUUGUGCCAUAUUGUGCCUUCAGCUAAGUUAAACAAGCAGGUAUUCCUUGGUUUGUUAAUGUACUGUACAUCUAACGGAUGAUUUAUACACCAGAGCUGCCACAUUUUGUAAAUCCUCUAUUUAGUAAUGACAACUGUUUUUGUAAAUUACUUGUACAGUCCGUUGUUUAAAAUAUUGUCCUCUUGCUGAAUUUUUUUAAAGUUAAUAUAAAUAAGUUAAAAAAUGAAGUAAAUACAAUGCAUAUAAAACAAUAGCAAUACAGAACUUAAAAGUACAUUGUUGUUCGGUAGCACACAAUCAUAAAGGUUUUGCCUCUAUGAGGCUUAAACAAGAUUAUAAAAUACAGUUGAAGUCAGAUGUUUUCAUACACUUCUUAAAACACACUUUAUAACCCUUCACAGAUUUUAUACUAACAAGCUAUAAAUGUUGCAGAUCGUUUUAAGGCAUCGGUUGCACAGGGCAGAAGUUCAACAACAAUGUUCACAGACCUCUGAGUAUUUUACUUUUUAUUGACCAGAUCACAGUUCCAGUGGCUCACAAGUUUUCCGUACACUUUGUUCAUAUUUGGUAGCGUCACCUUUAAAUUGUUUAACUUGAACCAAACAUUUUCAGUCACCUUCCACAAGCUUCUUACAAUAAGUUGCUGGAUUUUUGUCCCAUUCCUCCAGACAGAGCUGGUGUAACUGGGACAGGUCUGUAGGCCUCGUUGCUCGCACACGCUGUUUCAAUUUAAUUGGAUUGAGGUCAGGGCUUUGUGAUGGCCACUGCAAUACCUUGACUUUGCUGCCCUCGAGACAUUUUGGCUCAAUUUUGGAGGUCUGCUUGGGGUCCUUGUCCAUUUGGAAUUGUCAUUUGUCACUGAGCUUUAACUUCCUUGCCAAGCUCUUGAGAUCUUGCUGCAGUAUAUCUCCAUCAUUUUCCUUCCUCACGAUGCCAUCUAUUUUAUGAAGUGCUCCAGUCCCUCCUGCAGCAAAGGACCCCCACAACACGAUGCUCCCACCCCCAUGCUUGACAGUUGAGAUGGUGUUCUUCAGUUUGUAAACCUCACCCUUUUUCCUCCAAAUCAUAACCAUAAUCAUUAUGGCCAAACAGUGGAUUCAUCAGACCAGAGGACAUUUCUCUAGAAGGUAAGAUCUUUGUCCCCGUGUGCCACUGCAAACUGCAGUCUGGCUUUUUCAUGGAUGCUUUGGAGCAGUGGCUUCCUCCUUGCUGAGCAGCCUUUCAGGUUAUGUCAAUAUCAGACUCAUUUUACUGUGGAUAUCGAGACUUAUCUACCUGUGUCCUCCAGCAUCUUCACAGGGUCCUUUGCUGUUGUUCUGGCACUGAUUUGCACUUUUUGACCCAAAGUCCGUUCUUGUCUAGGAGACAGAGAGUGUCACCUUGCUGAGCGCUAUGAUACCUGUCUGGUCCCAUUGUGUUUAUACUUGUAAAUUAUUGUUUGUAUAGAUAAACGUGAAACCUUCAGGCGCUUGGAAAUUGUUCCCAAGGAUGAACCAGAUUUGUGGAGGUCUACAACUUCUUUUUUUUUUUUCUGAGGUCUCGGCUGAUUUGUUUUCCCCCUUUUAUGUCAAGCAAUGAGUUUGAUGGUAGGCCUUAACAUCCAUCCACAUAUUGACUCAAGUUAGGCCCAUUGGCUAGCUCAGAAGCUAAAUGUCUGAUUGCCUAAAGUUCGGUCCUGGAGGGCCGCUGUGGCUGCAGGUUUUCAUUCUGACCCUUUACUUAAUGAGUGACCUGUUUUUGCUGCUAAUUAACUUCUUUUGAAUUCAUUUUAAUUGGCUUGCUCUUGAAUACUCAGACUCCUUAAUUGUUUCUUUUUCCUUAAUUAGCUGGCAAACAAUAAUGAGAUACAAAAUGAACCAAACCAUGACCAGCAAACUGUGACCAUCAUACAAUAUCUGAAAAUAAAGAAAGGUGAAGGUCUCAGGAGUAUUGAUCUGCUCAAGUCCCCAAAGCUCUUAGAAAAGAGAAAAUUAAUAAUUUCAGAAAUGUCUGCUAUUGCACAACGAGAGCAGCAACAAGCCAUGGAAUUACAGAACGGGUUUAAUUAACAACGAAAAUCAGAGCCUGAUUAAGCAACUGGUUGGAGUUUGAAGCCCUGACUUAGCUGGUCUUCUGUUGGCUCACUCACUUCACAUUUCAUUUCUGGUUGAGUGCCAUUUAAGGAAAGAAAUGAAGCAAUUCAGAAGAACAAUGAAGAAAUUCAGGGAAACAAAUCUUUACUCGUUCAGGGCGGAUGUUGACUUUUUGUCAGCAGGGAGGGGUUGAGAGCAGUAAGCAACUGCAAAUGGUGACAGAACUCGCCGUCAUGUUUUAGUUCGACUGUCUUUGCUAGAGGGCUUCACGGUGGCGCAGUGGUAGCGCUGCUGCCUCGCAGUAAGGAGACCUGGGUUUGCUUCCCGCGUCCUCCCUGCGUGGAGUUUGCAUGUUCUCCCCGUGUAUGCAUGGGUUUCCUCAGGGUGCUCCGGUUUCCUCCCACAGUCCAAAGACAUGCAAGUUAGGUGGAUUGGCGAUUCUAAAUUGGCCAUAGUGUGUGCUUGGUGUGUGUGUGUGUGUGUCCUGCGGUGGGUUGGCACCCUCCCUGGGAUUGGUUCCUGCCUCGUGCCCUGUGUUGGCUGGGAUUGGCUCCAGCAGACCCCCGUGACCCUGUGUUCGGAUUCAGCAGGUUGGAAAAUGGAUGGAUGGAUGUCUUUGCUAGAAGAAAAGUUAGCUUCGUUUGUUUGACCAAGAUUCCCUGUGCUUGUGGGAGUAGUGAAGUGCAAACAACGGCAAGAAUGGCAUCGAUAUCUGGCGAGAGAUCGAAUCGAAUGCACAAAGCAAAAUAUUCCGUGGAUGAUGUUUUGUACAAUUUCACUGAAUUGGACUCCAAUUUUGAUGUAAGUGAUCUGGAGAUCAAUAUCAAAAACAAAAGCAAGGUACCAGCAUCAGCUGAUCAGUCUCCAGCUAAUCGUGGUGCCGAACACAUUUGUGUUGGUGACAUGAAGUACACACCAGAUUGUGUAGCACUACGACCGCGACUGCUGCUGCCAACCUCACCCCCAUCAUGCAAAGACAGCCUGGCUGCCAGCCAUCAAUGCCGCCAGUAAGCGGCUCACACCACAAGACUCUGAACUGGCAGCUACAGUACCCAACAACUGAUAUUUUAUGUUGAUUUAUGGGUGAGACCCUUGCUUUGGGUGCUUUUCAGAAAACUGCGUUUUUUGGAAAAAAUAUUCAGCCCUCAAAGAGUUAAAAAAUGUCAAUUAAAAUUAAUUUAAAAGAAGUUAAUUAGCAGCAAAAACAGUGCACUAAUUAAGAAAAGGGUUAGAAUGGAAACCUGCAGCCACUGCGGCCCUCCAGGACCAGAGUUGGAGAACCCCUGGCCUAAAGGCUUGAUAUCUUUUUCUGGAAUUUUCCAAGCUGUUUAUAGGCACAGUUAACAAAGUGUAUGUAAACUUGUGAGUCACUGGAACUGUGACACAGUCAGUAAAAAGUGAAAUACUCUGA